GGCUGGGUUGCUCGAUCGUUGUUCCGUGGUCGUCCGUCCCUUUUCCGCGCAACGGAUACCGGACCGGUACAGCGCAGGUAACGCGCACUAGUGAACUGUGGUUCGUUGAUUUUGCCGGACGUUCCAUCCGUUUUCUGCAAUUGAACAUUGUUUUGAAUUAUUAAAAUGGAUGACAUUGAUAUUGCAUUGUUGAUAUCAUUAGUUGAAAGUAGACCUGUGCUAUGGGACAAAACACAGGAGUGCUACAACAAAAGACAAGCUACUUUUUCAGCAUGGAAGGAAAUUUUUACUACGCUACACUACGACUUCGAAUCUUUGUCAGAAAAAGAAAAAGAUGAAUUCGGCAAAAGUAUUAUAAAGAAAUGGAACAACGCAAGAGACAACUGGUUAAAGUGUCAUAAACAAAUAAAGCAAUCUAAGUUUGGCAAUAGUUUGAAAAAACGAAGAAAAUAUAAAUUCUACGAUAAUAUGUUAUUCUUAUCCAAAAUUAUGUUUCGUGGGACUCAAAGGAAGACAAAAAUUCAAAGUAUACCAGCCGGGGAAAAAAUCGUACCAUCAUCGUCACAUAACGAGGAAAUUAAUUCACAAUCUGAUAGUGAAUCUUCUCCAACCAUAAAUAGAAGAAGUAUCGCCUCGGCAGGGGCACUGCUGCGCCCCCUGAAAAGAAAGAUAGACAGUUCUGAAGUUGAUCCACAAAUAGUUCCAUCUAGCGACCAUGAAGAUGAAAGCAAGAGUUUGUGUUUCUUCAAAAGCAUUGCUCCUAUUAUAGAUAAUUACAGUGUCGAUAAUUUUAUUGAUUUUCAAUUUGAAGUUCUUAAAAUUAUGAAAAAUAUGUCACGAAAAGAUUAA